AUCGCCUAGGAGCCGUCGUCACCCAUCAGCUUCUCAGUAGGCUUUGCGCCGUUGGCUUCGAGAAACCUCGUCUUUCUCAUAGCUGACACCUCGUUUGGGAUAGCCCUUCCGUCCUGAAGACACAGAUUUUAAAGCAACAAUGGGGAAAAAGAGGAAGCACAGUGAGACGGAAGCGGUGGCUCCAUCAAAAAAGGAUGAUGUUGCACCAGAAAGACCAGCGCGGACUCUUUUUGGUUGGAGGGAUAAGAGCAAAGUAAAGGAUGAAAUGGGGGGUGCUGACUCGUCCAAAUUUAGGAACAAAGAAAAGGUUUUAGUUACAUGCUCACGACGCAUCAGCUAUAGGUACCGGCAUUUGAUGUUGAACUUGGUUUCGCUUUUACCUCAUUGUAAGAAGGAUAACAAAGUUGAAUCUAAGGAUACCAAAGGCGCCACCCUGAAUGAGCUUGUCGAGCUUAAAAACUGCUCUUCCUGUUUAUUCUUUGAGUGCAGGAAGGCUAAAGAUCUUUAUCUCUGGAUGGCAAAAUGCCCUAAUGGGCCGUCUGUGAAAUUUUUAGUUAGUGCUGUGCACACAAUGGAGGAAUUGAAGCUAACUGGAAAUCAUCUAAAAGGUUCCCGCCCACUUUUGACAUUUUCAGCAAAUUUUGAAAGGGAUACGCAUUGGAAACUAUUAAAAGAGAUGUUAUUGCAGAUAUUUGGAACACCAAAGGACCAUUAUAAAAUCAAGCCUUUCCAUGAUCAUGUUUUUGUUUUCUCCAUAGUCGAUGAUCAUAUAUGGUUCAGGAAUUACCAGAUCUCUGUUCCUCACAAUGAAACGGACAAAAUUCCUCGAGGAGGCCUUGAGAAAAUGACAUUGAUUGAGGUUGGUCCAAGGUUUUGCUUGAACCCAAUUAAAAUAUUCGGGGGCAGUUUUGGAGGCCCAACUCUUUAUGAAAACCCAUUUUAUGUAUCACCAAAUCAGAUUCGAGCCUUGGAGAAAAGGAAGAAGUCUGGAAAGUAUGCAAAGAAGGUCAAGGCAAAGACAAGGAGGAAAAUGCAUGAGAUGUCUAAUCCUCUGGAGCCUGAUGAGUUUGCGGACAUGUGGAAAGAUUAAUUUUCCGUACUUUCAUUAUAUUCAUAACAAGGAACAGAAAAUAUAUGGAUCUUAUAUUCAGCAUGAAAUGGUAGUUUUGUCUGGCUGCCGAUUCUUUUAGAGAAGCUUUUGAUGUUGUUAAUUGCCUUGCAUGUUAGGUGUGAUUGAGAUCAGUUGUAGUUUUAUUCAUUCACCACAUUAUGAUCACAAAAAGGAAAAAAAGGGUCUUCAAUGUUAUAUUUUCGUUUCA